AGUUCUUUUUGAAACCAACAAGGGGCAUUAGUAAAACCAUUUUCCCGCACAAAAUUUUCAUCCACCAUUUUCCACACUCACUGACGAGAAAAGAGAAGGAGAACAAAGAUAGCUACAAUGGCUUCCACGGAACCUUCCAACAACACCGAAACCGAAGAAGAAACAGUCGCUUUCCACCGGAAAAGAGCACGCCGCGUCAGCUUCGCCGACAAUGAAAUCACCUCCGUCCAUAUCUUCCGUCCCGAUGAUGACCACUCCACCUCCUCUUCCGAAGCCCCUCCCUCAAAUCUAGGUCUCUUCCGCGAACUCGGUGGAGACAGCGACGACGAAGACCCCGAACGCAACCGAAACCCCAACGAGGACGCCGCCGAACCCGUUGAUCACAGGAACUCUUUCCUGCAACCAAUCGGCUCCCCUUCUCCCGGCGGCAGCAGCACUAACCUCGACGAUGAUGAUACAGACGAUGACGAAUUCCGCGGUCCCGUGUCUACUGAUUUCAUCAAACCGGGACGGUUAUCGGACUCGGGUGUCUCAGACGACAUCACGAUGGAUUCAACAGCCUUUUCCAUGCAUUACCGGAGUCUCGCCCGAUCGGAUUCCGGGGAUCUCAAGACGCCGACUAGGUUUGAUGCGAGCAUGACUACACCCGACGCUUCGGGUAGUUACAUGGAAUUGACUGAUGGUAAAAAGAAAGCACCUCAGUCUCCAGUGUUGAGGAGCGGCAGUGGGGACUCAGAUUACAUGAGCAUAGUGGGACAAUCAGAAACUUAUGAUUAUGCAAGACUCUCUCCUGGGUUGGUUGCAAUUUUGUCAUAUGGAAGCAAGGAUUUGGAUGUGGGUUCAAAAGCCACACAUUCACCAAUUGCAAAUGAUACUGGGGUUUUACCCAACUUGGAAUGCUCAGUUAAUUCUCCUGCUCAUCAAAUCACUCAUGAUACUGCAGUUGCUUCUACUUCUGAGUCUUCAACCAAGAAUACUAAGGAGUUUGUCAAUGAUGCAACUCCUUUAAUUUGUAAACCAUUGGACUCUGCUAAGGCUAAUAGAGGAACCCCACCAAAGAUGGAUGAAGGUGAUAAGUUUGAUUUGGCUGCUAAGUAUGAACGGGAUUUUGGCGAAGUCCCUGUAAAUGAGAGUAAUUCUAAAGACAGGGGACAAGGAACUGACACUAAUCAUAAGUCUGAUCGAGUUACUGGAAGUCAUCCCGUACACGAGCUUACACCAUUGUCACAUUCUGCAAAUAAACUAGUAUUUAUGGGUUCUCCUGGUUCAUUCAGAUGUACUGGAGAUAUAACUCCCCCCUUUGAGGAAUCUGGUUUGCCUGUGCCUGAGGUACAUGCCGCAAGUGUAACUUUGUCGUCCAUACGUAAAAGCAUUUCAAAGUUGAAAACUCCUAUGACUACUCCCAACACAUCUACUCUCAAAGACGGAAUUGACAAAUUGAAAGACAGGUUUUCAAAUUACUCUCCAGGGACUUCUUUCUUUAGUGAAAGAGAUUUUGAAAACAAGCAGGUUGGAACUCUUACUGCUCCUUUGGAAGAACAGCCAUUUAGUUUAACUUUGGAGAAUAACAUGCAUCAACGUUUGAUCACUACCGAUGAUGAUUUUGUUGAUUCUUUGAUAAAUAUUAGCGAGUUGAGCCAAGAUACAGAAACUGUGGCCACCAAAAUGGAUGAAGAAACUGUGGUCACCAAAACGGAUUAUGAAACUGUGGCCACCAAAAAGGAUGAAGAAAAAAAUUGUUUGGUUUCAACAAAUGUUUCUGACAAUAAUAAAAAUCUCAAGCCUGUUGAUACUGGUGCUUCUCUCUUGCUUAAGACUCACAUAACAAGAGUGGCAGAUUUUGACAUGGCUGACAGCACAGCUGAAAAAAGAAAAAAUGAAAUUCUAACUGCUACGCAUGCCAAACCUUUUUCUUCCCCUGUAAAAUCAUUUGACCAUGCCUUAUCGCCAUUUGUAGAAUGUCAAAGUAAUCACCAUGGUGAGUUGAAGCAAAUGGAAAUGCAGAAUGAAUAUGUUAAUAGUGGUUUGGGACAAACCAUUGAAUAUGACAGACGGGCUGUAGCCAAAAAAUUAGAUUUGUCUGGUGUUGGAAACAACGAACAACCUAGCUCAUCUUUUGAGGAUGCACAGGGGGCAUUAAAGGGAAAACCGGGCAGGAGUCCUAAAAGAUUUCUAAAUCUAAGCAGCCCUAUUAAAGCAGCAACAACUGUGUUGCCCUCCCCGCAAGAGACUCCCAGUGAUACCCAUGACCUGUCUCACAGGAUUGAUUCUGAUGGGCAUGGUGUUGAUCUUGAUAACAACCACCAUCCGACACUCCAAGCACCUCAGAGUCUUCUUACCAAAACUGGUAUCGAGGUUUCUUCUGGGGGAAAAAGGGAAGCUUCUGAGAUAUUAAGUAAUGGAGACAAUAGACAAAAAGGAAAGGCUUCUUCCUUCUAUGCUAUCCGAGAAGCAACAGCUGUGUUGCCCUCCCUGCAAAAGCCUCCCAGUGAUAUCCGAGAUCUGUCUCAGAGGUAUAAUUCUGAUGGACAUGGUGUUGGUUUUAAUAACAACCACCAUCCGGCAUUCCAAGUUUCCCAGAGUCCUCUUAUGAAUACUGGUAUUGAGGUUUCUUCUGGGAAAAAGAGGAAGGGUGUCAUAUUAAGUGAUGGAGACAAUAUAGAUAAGAUAGGGAGGAUUGACAGAACUCCAGAGGUUCAUAUGCGUUGCAAUGGAGAUCUACCAUUUGUUUUGGAGCAAACAAGUAUUAUGAGAAGUGAAAGAGAAAAGUUUGGAGAUCAGAAGUGGAAUGAUUGGUACCAAAUUCUACAAAGAUUCUCAACCAGCACAAAACAGUUGCUUUCUCCGUUGUUUGAUAAGCUAAAUUUGAGAUCGAUUGGCAUGCUGGAGGAUAUUUUGGUUAAUCUCCAGAAAGUUAAGAAAUGGGAUAUUCUUUCUUCUGAAAUUCAUUCUCAGAAAUUUGCGGACCCUCAAAAUACCCGGCACAAAAGAGUUGUGGAAGUGAAAAUGUUGCUUUUUAAUGUUGCCUAUGAGAGGGCCAAGCUACAAUUAAUGAAUGUUAAGCGUGACAGAUUACUGAAAAAGGCACAACAGCUGAGUUCUGGGCUUCAAGAGACUCAGAUGAUAAAAAAUUCAAUGCUAUGUUCUGCUAAGAGUGGACCUGUUGACAUUCAAGCUGAUGAUAGUCAUAUCAGUACAAGACUUUUUAAUUCCCAAGGAACAUGUCAGGUUUCUUACCAAAAGGGAAUGGAAAUGAGGCAGGAGCUUGAAAGUUUGGAUCAGAAAGCAAAAUCUUUAAGUGAAUUCUUUUACAGUCACUGCAAGAUGGAAGGGAAUCAAAGCAGUACCGACAUCCUCAAAUCUGUUCCUGAUUAUUUGGAAAAGAGAAUGUCUUAUAAGUUGGUUUUCCAGAAAUUGAAGUUGUGGGAUAUUGAAGAUUUUGAGCGUAAGGAUGAUCAUCACCUAAUUACUCUCAACUAUCGUGGAUAUAUCAUCCAAAGGUUCACAGUAAAUGCUGGUCUAUCAAGCAUUAUAGUAUCAAAUAGCUUGAAUGAUGUGAAUAUUGGAAAGACCUAUCCGAAUAUGGAUGCUUUCUCUGCAUUUCUGUUUGCUUUAAAUCCACUUACCACUAGCAAAUGCUCAGGUCGAAUCAGUAUGGCCCAAGAAACACAAAUUACCGGUUCACUUCUAAGUAACUUGCUAGAUGUGUUUGAGGAGGUUCAGUUGGCUCGGAUAGAGAUUGUAAAUUUGGUCCAGGCUAAAUUCAAUUCUCAGUCAGUUCAUCAACUUGAUUUGCAGCUAUCUUUCAUUGACUUCCUUGGUGGUAAGAAGGUGCAAGUGAUUCUCGACAUGACAUGCUUAAAAUGCGGAGCCUAUCCUGCAGAGGUUCUUCCAUCUCAAAUAUAUGAUUCUGCAGCUAGUCGGGAGGAAAAGGCUCUUCCUUCGUUGCUUGUCAAUGAAAUAAGAACUGCAGCUGAGAGCGUGGAUCCGGGGUAUUCAAGAAUCAUUAGGCUUUGUAGGCGUAUUUCCCAGGUAGUUCGGGGUUCCACCUGAGGCAUAUGAUCCUGUGUAAUUAAUUGCCUUCAGAUGUUGUCAAUUUUUGGUGGAUUGUUCAUUAGAGCUUUAUCUUGUAUAUUUUCACAUCUUGUGACGAGUAGUUGUCAUGCAGCAUCAAAACCAUUCACCAAUUUUCCAAUGAUUAGUGCUGCCAUAAAAGAAUUCAGUUUUUUUGAGAUAUGAAAUUCUUUGUGGCAUUUUGUAAGCUUUUCAACCUAUAAUUAUCUUGUUGUAUUAUUCAACUCUAAUAUUUGGUUAUCAGAAGAUGAUUCAAAAUGUUA